AUGGAAUCAACGAAGACGAUUACUCAACAACUAGAAAUUAGUAUGAUGACAACAGAAGAGUUAUAUCGGCAAACACAAAUGCCAAUUUGCAGGUAUGAAAUUCUUGAUGGAAGUACCACAGGAGUACAAGUACGAUAUGCAAAAGUUGGUGAUAGUGUAUAUCAUCGAUGGACAUGCGUUGCCGAGACUAAAGGUCUUUAUUGUAUGCGAGUGCAUACAUGUACUGUAAGUGAUGGACAAGGCGGUGAAGCAGUCGCUGUCAUUGACAAAAAAGGCUGUUCAGUUGAUAAGUAUUUAUUGGUGGAUUUGGAAUAUACAGAUGAUCUAACAGCUGGACAAGAAUCACAUGUUUUCAAAUUUGCCGAUCGUCCAGCACUUUAUUUCAACUGUCAAUUAGAAUUGACCACUAAAGAUUACUAUCGUGGAUGUGCAAAUGAGCGACCAGUUUGCAAGGGUCAAAUUCGAGUGAAACCAGCGGAACAAACUUACGAACAAACUACUGGUACUACAGAGGAAGAAACACAAACAUCCGUCAAUGAAGGGAACAACAAACAGCAUGGUUAUUCAAGUACGGCUGACAUGGAUUAUAGAAGUAAUGAGUCACCAUAUCAAAGUAAUGAAGUGAUCUAUUCAUCAUUACCUGGUCCACCAGCUCCUCCAAGUCGAUCUGCUGAUUCAUCUCAUUUUCAAUCUUCUCCAAGAUCAGUUCACCUUGCUGAUAAUAAUUAUGAAGAUAUAUCUACUGAACAGCAUACAGAAGAGUACGGUCAAUUGGUUGCACGAGAAACGACAACGUUUUAUGAAGAAGCAAUGGCUUAUAAGCGAUUAAUCAGAAAGAAACGAAAUUCAAGUAGUAUUGAAAUUUUUUAUAAUAACGAAUUAAGCAUGCAAUAUCUUUCCGGUCAACAUUUUUCAUCCACCUCUGCAAAUAUAUUGCGGCCAAAAUUACGUAUUGCUAAUGUUGAUCUUCCGGAACAAUGCAUAAUGGUAUUUGACCUCGAAGAUGAAAAUAAUGGAGAAAUGCAACCGGGAAAUUUCGAUCGAUUACUUAACACAAUUAAAACUUCCAGGACAUGUUUUUCAACAACUCGAUUAACAAUGUUGUUAGCUAUCGCUAUGAUAACGUUUGCUCUCUUUGCCAUAGCAUUGAUCGUUGUUUUACGAAAAGGAAGGAUAGUUUUGCUUAAUGAUUUCAUCAAAUAA